GGCGGACAAAACUGAGUACGUUUGUAUACAGAAUACCUUCUUUGCGAAGAGACGGCUGUGGACAUUUAAUCAAACGUGCCAAACCUGCACGGAUUUCACAACAAACUGAGAGAUACAUAGUUUUUAUUUUUCUUCUUUCAGCUUAAUGUGAGCUGCGUGGUGCAGGAGGGUUUCUGUGCACAGUGUGGAUGGUGGAUGUGGUUGAACAGUGGUACGGCACGCCUGUUGAGAGCAUAAAGCCUAAACAUGGUGAGGCUGGAGUUGGAUCAAGUGGUGAUGAGGAGGAUGAAGGAGGACGACAUUGAGAUAGUCAAAGCCCUCAUCAAGGAGGGCUGUGAAGGCACAGAGAACCGUCUCAUUCUCCACAUCCUCACUCGUCCGCUCUGCCUUUUCAUUCUGGCAGUUUUCUCUUCAAUCCUGCGCUGCCUUGUGCAUUCCUUUAUCAUGGCCCUCGCUAUUCCUGUCUUCCUGCUAAUUGUCUUUCUCAAACUCACCAUGCCACGGUCCACAGGGGUUCUGGGCAGCAGUCGCCCCUACUGGGACUAUGUAGGUAGCAGCUUUAGGGGGACGCAGGAUGAAACUCUGCAGAAUCCCUUCUGCAGGAUCAGUGGCAAGACACCAGUGACAAAAAAGUCAAGGCGCAGUAUUGGACCCAAAGAAAAGGACAAGGAUACGUCAACAGAGAAGAUCACUCCCGAGAGGGAAGAGGAAGCGGGGCAGGUGUGGGUGGCAGACUGUGACGGGGACAUCCUGGGCUGCGUUUUCCGCGAGAGCAAGCAACGAGCAGGUAUAAGGAGGAUCUGCAGGCUGGUGACGGGCUCCUGGUACCGCAGGGAGGGUCUGGGCCGGCUUCUUGUCCAGAGUCUGGAGCAGAGGGAGAGGGAAACUGGUGCACACAGAGUGUACGCGCAUGUCCCCUACCCUUCUAAGGUGGGGGAGGCCUUCUUCAGGAAACUGGGUUAUCAGCAGCUGGGGGAAGGCACUGAUGAAGACGAAGAUGGAGAGAGGAAGCUGGAGACUCCAGAGAGAGGCUUUUUGGGAUACUCGCUCACUAAGGUGUUUUACAAAGACUUGUGAUUGUGUGAGGAUGGACUUCUGGAGAGAAAAAAGUGAGCCCAGGAGUGAUAAAAGGUUAAAAAAAGAGCUCACAUAAGCACAAACUGUGUUUGUGUCUUUGCUGAAGAGAAUGGUGUCAUUGUUGCAACAUUUUAGGAUAUUUAAGUUAAUGGUUUAUUGAAACAGGUGUUAUUUAUGCCAGUAUUUACUGUACUGUAUGUGUUGCUGUUUUGAUUGUUAGUUUGUUUUAAGUAUAUUUUUACCUUUUUAGCAUUAAACACAUGGUUAUUUAUUAUUUAAUGUUUCAAAAGUGACCUCAUGAUGCCUCAGGCUUGCUGUUCUCUCAUCACUUGUAAUGAAGUAAAAUAUUUAUGAAAAAUGUGUGUUUCUAA